AUGCCCGUGGCUGGCUGCAAUGCCUUGUACAGAAAUACUGUAAAGAGUGCAUUACAGCCUCGAGUCCGACCUGCGACCCUCCGCACUUUAACAACCACCGGCCGAAAUGGCUACGACAGGGCUCCCCAAGGCGGCUCUCCCUUUGACCUGGCCGUUCCUUCUGUUCCUCCUCCAAACCCGCACGCGAGGGAGAUUGCAAUAUUGGGCGGAGGGUUGACGGGGUUAGCCACGGCAUACCACCUCAGCCGCGAAAUUCCCAAAGCUAAGAUUACCAUCUAUGAAAAGAAUGCCAGGCUUGGAGGAUGGAUUGACUCGGAAACGGUCAAGGUAGACAAUGGCGAUGUGCUCUUCGAGUGGGGCCCCCGAACAAUAAGAUGCGCCCCGGGAAUCAUGUCCUCGGCAAUGCUCGAGAUGGUUUGUGACUUGGACCUUACAAACGACCUUGUCGCUAUAUCCAAGGAGGCUGCCGCUGCCCGUAAUCGAUACCUCUACUAUCCAGACCGUCUUGUCAAAAUGCCCGCGCCACUGAAGGGUGCCUCAUUCUCCGAUUUCAUCGAAAGUGUGCGCACCGUUCUGACAGAGCCACUCUUUGAAAGGUUUUGGAAUAUCUUCAAGGAACCGUGGACUCCUCUCCGGGAUGAAAACGUGAAGGACGAACCGCUAGGCGAUUUCAUAUCCCGAAGGUUUGGCAAAGAGGUCGCCAACAACAUAGCUUCUGCAUUCUUCCACGGGGUCUAUGCGGGCGACAUAUACCAGUUGAGCGCCCGAACCCUGGCCACAAUGAUGUGGCAUCUUGAAUCCAGGAAUCGCGACGAAAAAUCUAGCAUUUUGUUGGAAGUCCUGGCUGAUCGGCUGAACCGUCGUGGCAUCGCUCGCGCUGAUCUUGUCCGCCACCGACAGCGUUUCGCUGCUGCCCUGAAUUCGCCGGAUGCUUACUUGAGGCGUGUGCCAAAUCCGGAAAUCUUCGACCGUCUGAGUGUUUAUACAUUCAAACAUGGACUGGCCCAGCUGACGUCCGCACUGGAACAGCGCCUCCGUCAGACCAAGAAUAUCACCAUUCUCGAGUCAACCGCAGUUGAAGAAGUGACUUUCGAGAAAGCUCAAGAUCGACUCCGUGUAGGGUCCAAGUCCUCUCCAGCGGCCUCUGUGUAUGAUUACGUGGUCUCAACCCUGGGUCCUCGGUCCAUGCAGCAGUUCUUCCUGUCUAAUAACCCCAGAAAUCCGGCUGGAACAACGGAUGAGAGAGUCAACGCCGCUUGCCAACACAGCAACAAAUCCGUCAACGUCAUGGUCAUCAACCUCUACUACGACAACCCAGACCUACUUUCGAUCAGAGGGUUCGGGUACCUCAUUCCACGUUCAGUUCCGGUCGAACAGAAUCCCGAGCGUGCUUUGGGUGUCCUGUUCGGCUCCGAGACAUCAGGACGCUUCGACUCGGUGAACCGUCGGUCAUCUCCUCCCUUCUACAUCCAAAGGGAAUGGGACAAGGAGAAAGGCCAGCCCGUGGUUCGUCCGCAGCAGGAACCUUACGAUGGUCCGGACAUCGUUCACCAAGACACCGCACCGGGCACAAAGCUAACCGUCAUGAUGGGUGGACAUUGGUGGAAUGAAUGGGCCGACAGCGAUCUGCCGACGGAGAAGCAAGCCAUAGAAAUGGCCCAGACACUACUGAAGCGACACUUGAACAUCGACGAGCGGCCCACGGUCGCGAAAGCCCGGCUCAAUCGCAACUGCAUCCCGCAACCGCCAGUGGGCUAUGCCCAGGAUAUGGCCACCAUCCACGACGCGUUGCUAUCCAAAUACAAGGGACGACUCAAGGUUCUAGGGCCUUGGUGGCAAGGUGCCCCGGGCAUGAACGACUGUGUUCGUGUGGCGCGUGAAACCGCCUGGGCGAUCCGCGACCACAAGGACGAACUUACUGGGCUGCAAAAUUACAUGCGCGAAUCGUUCGUCGUGACGCACCUGCCGACAAGGCAGGCAACGAUCGAGUAUACCGAGUAA